CGCCCAGUCUUCGCCGAGUCUGAUUUGCUAAUGGUGGCGUCACACGUCAUUCAACGCCGGCGAACGUCACAGAAGCAGAAAAGGACUUCCGGAGCAUUUUACAUUCACAGGAAGAAGAGGGUAACUGUUUGAAAGAUGGCGGCGCCCACGCAGAAGAAUAACAAACCGGGGAAACCUGGAGGGAAAGAGGCUCAGCCUCUCAUUAUCGCCAAAACACCGGCGGAGGAACAGCGUCUGAAACUGGAGAAGUUGAUGCGAAACCCAGAUAAGCUCGCUCCGAUCCCGGACCGACCCAAAGAAUGGAACCCGCGAGCCCCGCCGGAGUUCGUCCGGGACGUGAUGGGCUCCAGCGCGGGUGCAGGCAGCGGAGAGUUCCACGUUUAUCGCCACCUCCGCCGCAGAGAGUACCAGAGACAGGACUUUCUGGACAAGAUAUCAGAGAAGCAAACUAAGGACGAGGAGUACCUGGAAAAACUGGAGCGGAACAAAGAGGCCGCCGAAGAAAGGACAGCGAAGCGGCGGAAGAAGCGAGAGAAGAUGAAGCAGAAGAAGCUCCUGGCGAAGAAAGCUAAACGUGAAACUAAAAGCAAGAAGGAGGGAGACGACAAGAGCUCCGAGAGCGAGGAGGAGGACGAAAGCAAGGAUGAAGAUGAGGAAGACGAAAGAGAAGCCGAGGAUGACGCAGAAGCGCCCAGCUUCAUCAUGGGGAAGAAAUGAACCCGUGAAACGUGGAAACUCCUCGCAGUUGGACACACCAGCGACACUUCAAGCCUUUGAAAAUAGAGCCUGCAAACAGGAAGGUGGACCUGACCUGCUGCAAGGAUUAAAAACAUUGCCGCUCAUCAGCAGAGACACUUGGACUGCCUCGUUUAGCAGGCAGGAGAAUCCACCGAGGGACCGAUGUUUGAAAGAGGAGUUGUUCAGUGUAGUUAUUCAUUCUGGCUUCCAGGAUCACACCUGGAAGCCUUUGUCGUUGUUAUAUUUCAGUAUGAUUCAGGCUUAUCUGCAGGGAAAUCCAGCUUUGGUUUUAAGUUAGGAAUGUUAACAGUAUUUGGAAAUAAUCUAUUUCAAUGUGCUAAAUGUUUUGAAAUAAAACUGAAUAAUAAAAACACCCGGAUGUUGUGCAAGUUGCUCACAAUGAAACCCAACAGCCAAGAUGAUACUUAGACAUGUGAUUGAUGCUUCGAUGUUCUCCUGUGCAGCCUUGUGAAGCUGCCCCUGGCCCCGCCUGUUGCCUGUGGGUACAACAAGCUGCAGAAAGCAACUCAAAGAAUGAAAAGGCGUGGCUCCUGGAGGCUCGGGAGUGUCACGUGCGAUGUUCUUUGCACAAACUCCUGCCUUCCACGGUGGUGACGACCUCCCCCGGUAGCCGUCACCUUUCUUGAGGCAGGUAGAGUAAAACCUGGCAGCCAGAUAUUGUCUGAAACAGGGGAAGCUCUUCCUGUCAGACACUGUUCAGCUGUCACACUGAAGCCUUUGGGAGGCUUUGCUGUUUAGUUUCAACUAUUAAAAACACUCAGAACGUUUGUUUGCUUCAGUGUAAUAGUUUGCCUGUGCCUACUUGUUAGUUUGCUCCUUUAAUACAAAUAAGAAUAUAGCUGGAAGCGAGUCACUGCUUUCCAUCAGGUUUUGGG